AUGUCCCCCAUAAAAGUCGGCAUCAUCGGCCUCUCCUCCACCCAAUCCUGGGCCGUAUGGGCGCACCUCCCCGCGCUCCUCAACAACCCCUCUCAAUACACCAUCGUCGCCCUAUGCAACUCCUCCCUCUCCGCCGCCCAAACCGCGAUCGCAACCCACAACCUCCCGCCGACUACGAAAGCGUACGCCUCCCCCGCCGACCUCGCCGCCGACCCGGACGUCCAGCUCGUCGUGUGCUCCAUCCGCGUGGACCGCCACUUCGACGCUCUCGCGCCCGCGAUCAAGGCAGGCAAGGACGUCUUCUGCGAGUGGCCGCUCGAGAAAUCGACGGCGAGGGCUGGGGAGCUGGCGGAGCUGACGAGUUCCCAUGGCGUGAAGACGCUGGUCGGGUUGCAGGCUUCGCAGUCUCCGGCGCUCAACAAAGUCAAGGAAUUGGUUGGCGCCGGACGAAUUGGAAAAGUGCUGAGUUCCAACUUCUACGCGACGUCCACGUUCUUCGAUCGCACUGGUGAUGAGAAGACGGAGUACAUGAAUGAUAGAAGUGUUGGCGCGAACCAACUUACGGUGUAUGCGGCGCAUUCGCUCGAGUCGAUUCGUUGGGUUUUGGGGCCGUGGGAGGAGUUCCAGUCCACGCUGGAUGUGUCGUACCCGGAUGUCGAGAUCGUUGAUGCGGAGGGAAAUCAUCUGAGAGAUAUCAAGAGAAGCUCGCAUGAUCAGGUUCUCAUUCAGGGGAGGCUUGAGUCCGGGGCUGUGAUGUCGUAUCACCUUCGAGGUGGGCCUGCUUGGGCUGGCAAGGAGGGGUCGAAGUGGAGUAUCUACGGCACGAAGGGUCAGAUUGAGCUGAAGGGGGGCAAUUCUCAUUUGCAUCUCUCGGAUGACGAUGUUAGUAUCGAAGUGUUCGAUCAUGAAUCUAAAGAGGUGGAGAAGGUGGUUGUCGAGAAGGAUCGACACAGCAGUGAGGUUUUGUACUCACGGAAUGUGGCGAGGUUGUAUGAGAGUUAUGCGAAUGGAAAGGGCAAGGAACACGGUGUAUUCUCAUUUGAUGAUGCUGUCAAGAGGCAUCAGUUCAUUGAUGAAGUGUAUGCGAAGGCGGGGGUGGUAUAG